CUCGGGAUGUUUCAGGCUGAAACCAAACACCUGCAAAUGUGUCAAGUGCGUUUCGGCUGAAUUCACUGCCAUUAAACUUCACAGGACUCGGUUCAGUUCACAUUCAGGCAGCACAGAGGUAAAGAAAAAGAAAAAAACACUCAGAUUUUUUUUUUUAUCGUGAGAGCCGCUUUAAUGCUUGUUGUGUUGACUGCUGUGGAGUCAGUCGUAGUUGAAGUUGGUUUUUCAGUGAGAAACCUGAACCCUCAAAGGAGGUGACAACCGCUCACACUGAGUCAGCAGCAUGUUGAAGCUCGGCAGAGGAACUGCUUCUAAUGAAACACACAGACUCUUAAAUUAUGUCAAAAUAACCAUGGCAUGAUUAAUAAGUUAUGUGUGAAAAUGAAAAUAAGUUAUACGUAUUGUUACAUUUUAGAAUACAAUACUAGGCCGUAUUUUAUUGUUUGUAUUUUGUGAGUUUUAUAUUGCAUCAAUUUUCGCAGUCAAGUAAUUAAUAGAAUAAAAUGUAAAACGUUAUUAUCUGAAAUAGACGGUCCCAACCUCAAUAUUUAAAUGUGUGAGGUGAAUUUAAAACAGCAAUUGUUUUUUUUUUUUGUUUGUUUUUUUUGUACGGGAAAGCACUUCAUUUCCGCAGCUGUUGCUUUCAAUGUGCUAUAUGAAUAACUGUGACUUGACUUGAAACAAGAUGAAGUUGUAUAUAAAAGCAUUAAACUGAGAUAUAAAAAAAAUGUUUUUUAAAAGUAGUAGAGUAGCUACUUCAACACUUAAACAAAUGUGAGUAAGCCGAUACCAAGAUAUUCAGCUGUUUGUCAAGUUUAAAGUUCCUCACUGGUCAUUUAUUAAGCUCCUACAACUUCAUCUCUUUGUAUCAAAGUUGCAGAUUUAGAAGUUUAGAAAAUAUGACAAAACUAAAAGAUUCCUCACAGGUGAAAUUUACAUCUUAAAUGAGGUAGAUGUCUUCUAUUUGAGUGAGAAAAAACUUCCUUCCCUAAAGUUUCUCAGAUGGCUUCCUAUGUCGUCCUGCCUCUCUCUCCACUCACCUGUUCAUCACUUACUGCAGCUGGAGCACACCAGCUCACCUACAACACUACACAAACACUGUGCUGCUGCUCUACCCUAUGCAAAGUUGUUUACUUUGGAAUAACUCAGAUAUACUAGGUAGAAGAAAAUGAUGGAGACUGUUCCAUCCUGCAAGCCGAGAGGGUUAGCUCCUCGGGUUUGUUUCAUAUUAAACCCUGGAUGUCAGAAUCUGUGUGUAUGGGUAGUGGGAAGUGGCAAAAAUUUUACCAAGAUCAACUCAAAACAGCCAAGAAAAUUUAUCCACAGCCCCAACAAAUGAACUUCAGAAAUGAGCAGAAAAAUCUUAAAAACAGUGUUCUUGAAUCUGACAGAGUCUGAUGCAGAAAGGUUUCAGUUGUUACAUGGCAGCAGCUGGCAGAUCAGACCAUGAGUUAGUCCCCUGACUGAGCUGACUACUCGUCUCUGUUUUUCUGCACUUUGGGGCCUCCUCCUAUAGCCGGGACUGCCUUCUUUUUUUCUUUUGAGAUUAUACACUUGGGCUGGAAGUGAGGGUGUCAAACAGGUUGUCUCCGCCCUUCAGCUCAGACAUGCUCUAUCUAUCUAUCUAUCUAUCUAUCUAUCUAUCUAUCUAUCUAUCUAUCUAUCUAUCUAUCUAUCUAUCUAUCUAUGUUAUCGUGACUUAGCUUCUUUUCUGAUUUCCAUUGUUUCUUGCCCUGCCUCAGUUAUAUUUUCUAGAGCUAUUUUAGUAUUUCCAGUAAUACAGAUUUCAGUCACACUGACUUAUUUCAAGUUGUUUUGUUGAUCCAGUGACGGUAGUCAGGUGGUGACAUAGUAUUUACUGAGGUUCUAAGGUGGAAAUGCUCACAUAUGUUGAGAAAAAACACACCAUAUGGACAUGUUGAAGUAAAAGUAAAGAGUAAAACCUAAAAAAAGAUUUUUACUCGAGGCAGUCUUUGACAGAUUCACUAAACUAUAUUUUUGGAUAGUCCCAAUGGUAAAGCUUUUUUUCUUGUCCCUUGUGUACUUCAUUUGCCAGCAGCCUGUGCUCUGUUCUUUAUAACCCUCAUUUCCAAGCAUCCUUGAAGAAAGACAAGAUCUUCAGAAGGAGACCUACGGCUUUAUCUUCUGGACAGAUGGGAGUGAAGAGGCUUCAUGGAAGUCUGCUGCUACUGGCUGUGUGGCUGUGGAGCGUGUUGGUAGCUCAGGUGCACAGCUGUCCAGAUGCCUGCAGGAAGUGUUCAGGGCCAGAAAAUGACCAAUGUGAGGAAUGCAGAGCUGGAUGGACACUCCAUAAAAACACCUGUGUAGAUAUCGAUGAGUGUGGCACUGAGCUGGGUAACUGUUUGCCAAACAGUUACUGCUUUAACACAGAAGGAUCCUUUGAGUGCAGAGGCUGUGAUGCGGCCUGUGUGGGCUGUAUGGGUAGUGGACCGACUCGCUGCAGAAAAUGUGCCUCAGGGUACAGACUGGCAGGGUCCAAGUGUUUGGAUAUAGAUGAAUGCAGUGACCGCGUACUUGCCUGCCAUGGUCUGGAUGAAAUUUGUACCAACACAGAAGGUUCGUUCCGCUGUGACUGCGCUGAAGGAUUCAUCCGCAAAGAAGGAGUUUGCGUGAGGAAGCAGCAGCCUGUCGUCCAGGAGAAAGGUCUGUUUGAGGAUAUCCAGGAUGAGGAGGUGGAGGUGCUGCAGCAGAUGUUUUUCGGGGUUGUGCUUUGUGCUCUGGCCACACUUGCAGCCAAAGGAGAUAUGGUCUAUACGUCUGUGUUCAUGGGAGCAGUGGCAGCCAUGGCGGGUUACUGGCUUUCUGACAGAGGAGACCGUUUGAUUGACAGCUUCCUGAAGGGACGCUAAAGCUCCAAAAUAUGAGAAAAAGGACAGUUCUUAUGUGCCAGGGCAUGCACCACUGCUCAGCAAGCUCAGACAAAGCAGGUGAGUCUUCCAGUGCAGUCAUAUGUAUACUGACAGUCAAUAGAAACUUUGAGGUGGAAAUGUACACAGAAUUCUACAUGUAGGGGGGUUGUAAUUAUUCAUUGUGGAUUUACUGAUGAUCUAGUGCCCUGGUAGUUGAGAUAAUGAUGAGUUGUCAUUUUGUCAUGAUUCAUUGCACAUGGGUUGGUCACUUUGCAAAAGUGAACCAAAUACACACCAAGCAAUACUCAGUGAGUAUCUGCACAAUUUGAGAAUGGGUUUUGAAGGCCUAUAUGAAGGCCCAAAAAAGGCCACCAUUGUUAGUCCAGUGAACAGCAUCAUGCCGCGUCUAUCACAUGAACAACGUCUCCGGGCACUGGGUAUGGUGGAGGCCGGUUUGAGCUACAGUGAUGUAGCCAGGCGUAUGGGCUGUUCCCAAGCCACAAUCAGAAGCCUGGUCCAAAACAUGCGCCGAUGGAUUGCUGCCUGCAUCGAAGCAAAUGGAGGCCAUACUCGGUAUUGACUGUUGUGACUUUGUGUUUGGCAGGUGCUGUUUUCUUUUGUGAAAUUCUUUAUUUUGAAAUCAUCUUGAAACUUUAGAUUUUUGUUUAUGUAUGCCAAUAUGCUAAACAAAUGAUUCAUAUGAAGAAAAUCCAGUUUCGGGCUUCAAAAUAAAAAUUAUGUUGAAAAAUAUGGUCUCAAAGUUUUUAAUGACUGUCAGUGUAUUUUGGACAAUAUAUGUUGUUUAAAAAAGACUUGGUUGCUGCAGCUUUUUAUCAUUAUUACACAAGCUAAAGUUAGAGGCAGGAUAAAAUAGCUUUUAAUAACUGUGUUUGAUUGUGCUUGCUUUUUGGGAAUGAUGUACAUUUGCAAACUAAAUGCCUCGAAAGUGAGAAAACAACCAUAUGUUCAAAAUCUUGAAAGCAGACAGAAGAAAUUCAAGAUAAGAUAAGCUAAAAUAAACUUUAUUGAUCCCACAGUGGGGAAAGUUCACUGUUACAUCAUCUCCAAAGGAGAAAAAAAAAGUAUAAAGGCAGUACAAGAAGAGAGAGGACCUCUUUCUGCUGUAGCUACUACACAUACUGCCCUAGUUGAGGUUUUAGGAGGAAUAUUCCUUUUAACCAGCCCCUCAGGUCUCUUUGAGGAUUUUGGAUGGAAUACUCGGGUAAACUAGCCUAGCCGCGCUAGACAACCCACGGCAACAAAUUUAAUUCUCUGCCAGGGUGGGUCUUGUUACCCUCCAUAAGGCUCGAGGUUGGAUGCUCCUAAAACUGACCGACGAAUCACCAUGAAGUGUAGAGUCAGAAGGCGGGCGUAACUAAGUGACGACAGAGGCGCGACGAUUCUGACAGAAACAACCAGAAACAACCAUAGAAACAAGGAUAGACAAGAAGAUGGCUGCGCACAAUAAACAGUUAUCUUUUGAUUCGACUUUGUCCACAGCCCUUAAAGAUUUGAAGCUAAAAUUCAACUUGAAAGAUAAACAAAGGAUAAGAUAAGAAAGAUAAAUAAGGCUUCACCGAACUACCACAUCCUCUGAUUUCCGGCGCUCUAUGAACUACAUCAGCCUAUUUGUUGCGCUGAUUGGUUGUAUACCUACCCAAUUGCUGCAGAGUGAUUUGAAAGACAACCUUUUAGCCCGCCUCCCUCCCUGUCGAGAGUUCCUAGACCCUUGCGUUUUCAGACCUGGGUCUAGCGCGGCUACGCUACGGUUAAACCAACAUUUUAGGUGCAUGUCCAGGGAUUUUUGGUGGAAUAUUCCUUUUAUGAGGACCUCGUAGGUGGAAUACUUCCUGAAACCAACCUUGUAGGGCACCAUUAAAAGAUUUAAGGUGGAAUAUUCAUUUAAACCAAACUAAAUUUCAUGUUUUGAUCAUUAUCAAGUGAGAAACCUCAAUCCAGACUCCUCAUAAUGACGUUUGAGAUUUAUGCUGCUGUUAUUUGUUUAGUCCAGACUAAAUGACAGAAAUCCACAACUGUAAUUUUAUUUCAGGACUCAAUUAUUAAAUGCCAAAACAAUCCAUGUGACUCUAAAAACUCAACAGCUUUACAAACUCUAAGAUUAAACUCUCCACAAGGAUCCAAAAUAAGUUGGACUUCUACAUGAGAGCUUCAAUUAUUCUUCAUCAACUUCCUGAAAAGUUUGGACAAUAAAAAAGACAAAAACUAAUAUUUUCAGCUGAACUAAAGACAGACUUUGUGAUUUUUCUGCUCACAUGUUGUGUUGUUGUAAACUUACUCUUUCAAAUAAGUAGCCUCCUAACCCCCUUGAAACCAGCGUUUGUCCUGUUUUUGUGUUGCUGCUCGGCAACCCCAGACAGCUGGUUGUUAUGUUUUUUGAGCAACACACCAUACUAUGACAUUUUUACAGUGAAGGUUCUACUAUGGAACCAGUUUGAUAUGUUCAGGGGUUUCUUUGUGUAAAAACUCAGAGAUUUCAGGUAUCAGAAGGUGGUUUUCAACUUUCUUUGUUAACUUUCUGCUUCAACUUUAAACUAAAUUUACUUCACUAAGCCAGCCCUCUGGACUUCCAGUAAGCUGUGUUCCUAUUGACUGUCCAGGUGGCUGAUUGGUGUUAUCAGGAACACCUGAGCAGCUCAGUCUCUUCCUGCUUUAUGUCUGCAGUCAAACAUUUCCUCUGCUUCUCUUCACUGAACCUUGUCUCCGUUGCUUUAGUUUGUUCUUUAGGUGUCGGCUUGCAGCUUCCAGUAGUGAAAUUGUCUUUAAUGUGUUUCUUGGUGUGUUUUAGGGCUUUGUACUGAAUAGGUGUCUUGGUAAAUGUGGUUAUUUAGCCACAGUUAGCACAUGGUGCUAAUGUGUGCAGUGAUUAGUGGAUUUGGUGCAGCUGAGCUGUGUCUUUGUCUUGGCUGUAGUGAGUCUUUAGAGGUUUUUGGUCAGACACAUUCUGUGUUCUUGUUUGUGAACCAACGUUGGUUGUCCAGAAGGUAAGAGUUCCUGUCCUGAUUCUCUGUUUAAAGAGGUUCUCUGGUAGGCUGCAGGAGACUUUAGUGUUUGUGUUGUGCUAGUUUGGUUUUUGUAUAGUUUCAUUUGGACGACUAUCUUGAGGCUCCUCCAUGUGGUUUAGUGAGGUUUUCUGGAACAGUUCUACAAAGCAACCUGCAGCAGAAGAGACUUUGAGAGUUUUUAGGAAGUUCUAGAGACCAGACUUUAGAGCAGCACAAACAUUUGUCAACAGUUUGAGCAGGAGAAGGUGAGCUUCAGAGUAGAAAUGAGAAGGAAACCUUCUUGACCCGUGUGGUGAGGUCCUGUACCAAGAGUUUGAGCAGGUUGUGAAGAGUCUGUAGUUCUUUGGUCUGAAAGCACAAGAGUCGACUCAUGAAAGGAGAAAACGGGAGAUAUUGUUGGUUCUUCUGUCGAUCUGCAGUUUCCAGUUUCUUUAGAAUGAAUAUCAAGUUUCUAUUAAAUGAUUUACUGUGUGAGCCCAAGAAGACUUCAAUAAACUCCCAUCUGCUGGACACAACAUAUAUUACCAUGUUAAAUCUUUUUUUUUUUUUUUAAUAUAUUUUUGAGUUUUAAUCAUAGGUUUUUGUCUUUGCUUGUUUAAUUUUGUCAUCUGUGUGAAA